UAUAACCCAUGUUCAUUCUUCAGCAAAUGACAUUUUUGUAAUAUAUUCAUUGCUGAUAGCUCAUUUUCUAACUCCUCUCAGGACAUUUCAGAUACCAGCCUUUCUUUAACAAGAAACUAUUCUUCAUCAUGCCAGAAAAAUCAGACAAAAAAAGCUCAACAAAAAAAAAUAAAACUGAGGAGAAAAAUAAGCUGUAGUUUGUGAUAGAGAAAUGCCACACCAUCAGUUCCACUAGGACCAGGCCACACCAACCAUUCCUAGCCAGCAAGCUGAGAGAAAAACUUGACUAGCAUGUUUCAAGCUUACAGACAACCCAUGACCCAGCUUUGAAGUACUCAUUACGAUUGCUUAAAUUUGACCUCUGUCAUCUAGCCAAUUGCCCUGAGUGGCCGGCCGCCGGUGUACAGAAACAUGUCCACGGCCAACGGAGACAUCGCCACAGCCGAGGCCGUGGAGCUGGCCGAGACCAAGAAGACGGUGACCAGCUUCGUGGGCAUGUACAUCAUCGUCUCCCUCACGGUGGCCCUCGCCUGGCUCCUCGGCUAUUUCGACUUCUCCUUCUUGUGGGUCUUCAUCAGCAUCGCCUCGCUGUUCGUGGUGUGGAAGGCCAAGAUCAGCAAGAUCAUCACACAGCACCUCUGUCAGGAGGAGGCCACGCUCUACAGGAAGAGGGCCUUUCGUCAGAAUGAGACGGCUGAGUGGUUCAACUUCCUGCUCAAUAGAUGGUGGGUUUUUUCUGCUUCCAACAUUGAAGAGUUGGUGAAAAAACAUCUAGAUGAGAGAUUAUGGGACAUUCGUCCAUCAUUUGUUGACAGCCUUGAAGUGAGCAGCUUUAGCAUUGGUGAACAAACCCCAAACUUCAAGAAUGUCAGAGUCUUUGAAUGUUCAGAAACUACACCGGGCAGUCUCCAGCCCAUCUCCUGGUUCAAUGUCCACCGUCCACCAGCAGGCCUGGUCAACUUGUCUUCCUACCAGGUUGUUAUAGAGACAGAUGUCAGCAUGAUGUCUGAAGAUUUUAAAAUGAUCUUCAGGGGACGAGUGGGCUCUUCAAAAGUGAAUGUUGGUUUUGACAUGGCCGUCCAGGAUCUGCACCUGAGUGGCACCAUGCAGGCCAUUGUCUCGUUGUCUAUGGAUAUUCCCUUCCCACACAUCUCCAAAGCCACCAUCUGCUUCAAGGAAAAACCUGACGUGACCUUCAACAUUCAACUGCUCCGAGCCUUAAGUUUGAUGGAGAUACCUUUACUUAAGUCCUGGGUUCACAAUAACGUCAUGGAAGGUCUCACUAAAGCCAUGGUUGACCCUGCCAGUGUAGAUAUUCACAUCAACAAAGUUGGCCCCACCUUGAUGGGUCAGACAACGUCCAAGAAAAAAAAAGCUCAAGGUGUUCUGACCAUACAGAUCAAGGGCUACCCACCUAAAGAUCCAGCUUGUGAGGAUGUGAGGUACAGUGUGUUGACCAUAGGCCCCCACAAGAGACAGACCCAUGAGGUUCCUGCCACUGAUGAAUGGGAGGAUGUUUGCUCUUUCUUCAUCCACAACUUGGCCACUGAUAAGAUCAAAAUAAAAAGCAAGUGUAAGCGUUUAAUUACAAGCACAACACUGGAGCAGAACGAGGUCAAUUUGUCCACCUUUCCAUUUCAAGUUAAUCAUGUUUGUGAAACCACCAUAGAAAAUAAGGAUGAAUCAAAGAUGGUUUUAACAAUGCAAUACACAGCCUUGCCAGACAUUAAGCUCAUGGAAACUGAAGAAAUUCCUGCUUCAAAGUCUAACACAGUGGCUGGAGUGCUGUAUGUGUGUGUACACGGUGCUACCAAUGUUCUAGCUGCUGAUAAAACCGGGGCCUCAGAUCCUUAUUGUGUUUUGUUUUGUGACAGACGAAGGGUCCUGACCACGCCCUUUGUGCCUAGGACAAGAAAUCCAAGAUGGGAAUCAUGGGUAGAGUUUUUCGUCGCUGACUACUCUAGGAGUUCCCUAUCAUUUUUCCUCUAUGACUGGGAUGGGACAAAUACAAUCAAUGAUGAUUUUCUUGGCUCUGUCCACGUCAAGAUGUCUGAGUCCUGUCCUGAGAUGAUCAAAAAGACGUACACCCUGGGCUACAACAAGCCUGAUGAAGGAUUCACUGAGGACAAGAAGUGUGGGCAGCUCACAGUUUCAAUCAUCUUUAGACCAGUCCAGUCUGUGGCUAAAUCAGAGAAGUUUCGUGACGCCAUGAAAGGCUACAAGCCCAAUGAUUACUUAUACAAGGAAGAUCUGAUGUCACCAAGUACUAGGGCAGGUUUCCCUGGCAGAAAAUCAACAACAGCUUCCUACAUGAAUGAUCUCUUGUCAAAUAAAGUAAUUGUGGAGCUGACUAUUCUUCAAGGCAUUGACAUGGUUGCUAUGGAUCGAAAUGGUUUUAGUGACCCCUACUGUGUGGUCAGUGUUAAAGACAAGAAAGUUUACACAACAGCAGUGAAGAAGAAAACUUUGUUUCCCAAGUGGAAUGAGACAGUGACAACAGAAAUGUCUCUGAUUGAUGGACACAAUCUGACCAUUGAUGUUUUUGACAAAGAUGUCAUAUCUAAAGACUUUAUGGGAUCAUUAACUCUCAGUAUUGAUGAUCUCAAGGAGCUGUCUAUCAAAGGCACAGCAGAGUGGUUUCCCCUGGAGAAAAUCAAGAAAGGAAAGCUUCAGUUGAAGUGCCAUGUCAUUUCCAAGGAUGGCCUGAAUCAAAUGAAGGAAGGUUCCCCAUCCCCUGAUGGUGUCUUUGAUUUCCCUCCUGUGGGCCACCCUAACCUCGACAUAUCUGACAGUUCUAUUGGGUCGCCCAACACUAGCUUGGACCAUGUUGCUUUACAAGCCCCACCUAAGACGCAUGUGCCACCCAUCAAACGAACACCAUCUCAGCUUGCUCUAAAUGACCAUCCAGCCAACAAUAACAAUGAGACGUUACCUAGGCAGAGGAUGAAAAGAGCAGAUUCAUCCAACUCAGUAAACAUGAUGCAGCGGCUUGGAGAUCGUGCCUCCUUAUUAAGGCUAAAAUUACGUCGACACAGCUCAGCUUCAGUUACAGAAAAGUUGUUUAGUGUGUCUGGGAAAAUUCUGCGAGUUCGAGGGGAAUUUUCUCCUUCAGCCACUGAGAUCUACUGUAAAGUCAGGCUAGAGAUCCCUGGGAACAGGCUGAGUCUCUUUCAUAACACAAGAGUUAUUGGCAAAUCUCAGCUGGUGCCAAUUCAUGCAGGUUCACCUAAUUUGAAUACAGAGUUUGAGGUUGACAAAGGCUCUGGUAUAUCCAUGGAUGCCGUUCUGAUUUUUAAUCUGAAACAUUCCAGAAAAGAGCAUGUUGCCACUAAGAGUAUCCCUCUAAGAACCCUUCUAGCAGAUGCAGAUGGGGUUCCAAAGUGGGUUUCCUUAAGCCGAAGUGUAGAAAUAGAACUUCUGAUCACACAAGGUCAGGCCUCACCGGGACAUAGGAGACGGUCUGGGAGUCUUUUGAAAUCACUCUCAUUCAGAAAAGAUAACCCCACUUGAAGGACAACAGGAGUUUUACAUUUGAUUUUUUGGAGUAUAUACAUUUGUGUCACUCAUUUUUGUACAUUUUAACAAUGGGUUUGCAGCAAAAUAUGUCCAAAACAUUAAACUGGACAUGUAAUUAUGCAAAUUAUUUUAAUAUUUGAAAUAUAAUGUUCUUAAAUUUUUAUGUAUAUUUAGAACUAAAAUGAGAUUUAAUAUAAAUGUAGUUUAACUGUGUUGCCCAACUUGAAAUAAUGAUCAAUCAAAGUGAUACAUGUGAUAAGUGUUACUUUUAAAAACCUUUUAAUUAAUUUUACAUAUCACUGAAUGAUAAUUAUUAAAGAUAAUUUGUGAUACAUUGGACCUUUUUGCUCUGAUAACUGCUCACUUUCAAAGUGCAUUUUUAUCAUGAAGGGAGAAUGGGACCAAGAAAAUGAGCACCAAUUUGAACAAUUUAGUGACAAGCACAUUAACCAAGAUACAGUCUCAGCUGUUUUAAAUGAGUUCUGACCUCAGGGUUUGUUCUAUGAGCUGUUAUCAGUUUUGUUGUUUUAGGUUGAUCACCCUUCUUGACUAUGCUGACAUGACAUUUAAUACUCCUUUGAUAUAUAUAUAUAUAUAUAUCAUAUCAAAUCUUGCUAUAUAGCAUUUUGAUAAUACUCUGAAUCUAAUACAUCAUGCAAAUCAAUUCUAUAUUUUUUUAUUGAACUUAUAACCACACAUUUAAUAGUUUCUUCACUGCACAAAUUUCAUUCUCAACUUCAUUAUUUCAUGUAUUUUCUUAUUUACUUUUUGUUUGGGGAUAUAUAAUAUGCACAACACUGAACCAGUAACUUUAAAAAGAAAAUGUAGUUCUGCACUUGAAUGUUCUAUUGACACAAGAAGUGUUACUUUCAGUACUACACUGGAUGAAUGGGCAGGAGGGUCACACUGUUGCUUUGAUACAACAUUUUUAGAGUCUGUUGUCAUAAGUUGUCUUGUAUUCACUGGUUUCCUUUUUAUACACACUUAGGGUUUGAUUGCACUCUAGAAAGGUCCAUACAAAUUGUUUAAUAGACACAUGUAAAAACUUGACAUCUUCCCAUUGACCAUGUUAGCUCACGGUUUGUGUAAUCUUUCCUUAGUCCUUAUGAGUUGUUACUUUGAGUGCUGGAUAAAUGCAGGUGUUUUCUACAACUAAAAUAUUUGAGAUUAACUUGGUAGCUAGCAUAAUUAGUGCUUAGGUAUUUAUUUAAUACAUUUAGUAUAAAUGUAGUGUUAGAAAUGCUAGCACAAGCUACAAAGAUAGUCAUUUUUUGUAAAUGAAGAUUUAUGUACCUGUUAACAGUUUUCAAUGCAAUAUUUAAAGCUUAAAAAUUGCAUUGAAUAUAUUUAAUAUAUAGUGUAACUCAGUAAAUGAUUAGUUGCAUUGAAUAUAUUUAACAUAGUGUAACUCAGUAAAUGAAUAGUUCUUGACUUUUACUUAGUGUUGUUUGAAUUUCUCAUUGUUGACAUUUUUACUUUAAAGUACCAGUACUUGGUUAUUGCUUCUGGGCAGAAGUUCAAGUAGAUUUUCAUUUAACUCUUUUUUAAGCAGAUUCCUAUUUAAAGGCUUACAGUAAAUACUUAAAAUACUUGUGAUUACUGUGUAUGCAUUAUAAUACUUUUAAUUUAAAAUCUACACUAAGUAGUCAUGAAAAAGAUUUCUUAAUGAAAGUUAAUGAUUUAUAAAUCUCUCAAUGUUGCACACUUGGUAAAAGUGAUCUUGAAGCUACUGCUAAAUGAAGACAAAAACUUGCCUUGUAGCCUAUUACUCUUAACAUGCCUAUACAAUGUGCCAUUAAUGUAAAUAUGUACAAUUACAAUGCUAUUGUAUUUUUUUAAUGUAUUUUUUAUAAAUCUUGAAAGUAAGUGUGACAGUAAUUUUGCUGAUUCUUUAGUUUAUUUCAAGGACCAUUUUUUUUAAAUUUGAUUAAUGAACCAACAACAGCAAACUCUUAUUUUUAAUGUGGGAAAAAAUAUAUUAGAAAUUUCAUGAUCUGUAUUUAAGAUUGUUGUGAUGGCAGCUCAAGCUAAACCAUACCAUGCAUUGUUUUCUUUGAUCUUGAUCUCUGAUCUAACUUAUUUCCAUAAUAUAAUAGUGUCAAAUUGUGUCUACCUAUGCCUUGGUUUAUUGUUUCUCAACCCCAGAAGUUUUUAGGGUAGAUGAAAAAUCCAUUUUUUAAAACUCUGCAACUAUAUUUCUUUUGAAAACAAAAAUCAGAUCAAGUAUUUAUUAUUUCUUGGUUUAAAUAUGAAACAAUAUUUUGUAUUUUCUUAAUGGACACCAGUGAGUUGACGAAAAUCCUUCCGUAAUGUUGUUGACAUGGAAUACAAAUGUGCUUUUUUAGAUUUAGGACCGUAAAAAUAAUAAAAGAUAAAAUUUUAUUAAAAACUUAAAAGCCUAAAAUUAAUUCAGAAAUUUAAUAUUUUUAGAAUCAAUACUAUACAAGUUGCAGAUCCAGAGAACUUGAAAAUAAUUUGUUGAGUUUAAGGCUACAUCUCUAUUUAUUUUCAUAAAGCCUAAGUUAUAGCCCGAUGUUUCACUUUCGUAAGACAAACAUUGAUUGGCUGUACAGGAACUCCGUGAUCGAUUUCUGACAGCCCCACUUUAUAGUUUUUUUUGUUUACAAAACUUUGCAGAUCAAGUUUUUAAAUAACAAUGCAAAUUUAAACUACAUGACCUAGUUUAUUUAUAGCAGCCUAUCGAAUAGCAGGAUGCCAUUGUUUAUGUCGCCAUUACACGCGAAAACCAAAUUUUUUUGCUUUUUUUUUUUAAUUUUUAUUUAGUUACCGAAAAUAUUAAAAACAUCAGAUACAUCCAAUCUUUAGUAAAGUCCGAAAAAAACUAGACAGGCAGGAUUUUAUAACCAUAUUAAUUGUAACUACGCCGUGCAUGAUUUUUAAAUUAAUUUAUGGACCUCUCAAAUACCUUUGAGACUUUUCUCGCUGGUGUCCAUUGAUAAGCCCUUACAUAAUGGUGAAGUUCACAUUAACUGAUAAAGUAACAAGUUGAGAAACUAUUCUAAGCAAAUGUUUUGUAUGAAUUAUAUUUUUUAAACAAUCUUAUUUCCAACAUAUUUAGCAUUAGCAAUUGAAAUUUAUCAAUCAAUAAACCACUUAGAAAAAUUAAACUUGUUUU